AUGUCCGUGGAGAAGGUGUCGAUUCUCGGCAGACAGUCGAUCCAUGUGGGUUUCGACAUCCAGGAACAUAUAGUGGCAGAGACUCUCGAAAAUGAAAAGUCCUCCACAUAUGUCAUUAUUACUGAUACUAAUAUGGAGAAAACUGCUCCAUUCCAGAAAUUGACGGCCACUUUCGAGCAACAAAUUAAGGUGGUGCGUCCAGAAUCUCGCUUGAUUCACUACUCCGUGUCGCCUGGUGAAAACAACAAGUCCCGUGAGACGAAAGCUCAGGUGGAAGAUUUCUUGUUGCAAAAAGGCUGUACCAGAGACACUGUCAUCAUUGCAGUGGGCGGAGGAGUUGUUGGAGACAUGAUUGGCUUUGUUGCUGCUACAUUCAUGCGUGGAGUCCGUGUUAUCCAGGUUCCUACCACAUUGCUUGCCAUGGUCGAUUCGGCAAUUGGUGGUAAAACUGCCGUGGAUACUGCCUUGGGUAAGAACUUCAUCGGUGCCUUCCAUCAACCUCGCUAUGUUUUUGUGGAUGUGUCCUUCUUGUCAACAUUGCCUACGAGGCAAUUCAUUAACGGUAUGGCCGAGGUUGUGAAGACCGCAGCCAUCUGGAACGAGGAAGAAUUCACCAGACUUGAAAACUUCGCUGAGACCUUUAUUUCCGUAGUCACAGCCGACAACAUUGAUCUUGUUACCAUCAAGGAUAGUUUGGUGGAGACUGUGCUCCAAUCCAUUCGCGUGAAGGCCGAAGUUGUGUCUAAGGAUGAGAAAGAGUCUAGUUUGAGAAACCUUCUCAAUUUCGGUCACACUAUCGGACAUGCUAUCGAGGCUAUUGUCACCCCACAGGCUUUGCACGGUGAGUGUGUGGCUGUGGGUAUGGUGCUCGAGGCCGAGUUGGCCCGUUACUGGGGAAUUUUGAGUCCUGUUGCAGUGGCCAGAUUAGUCAAGUGCAUUAGUGCUUACCAAUUACCAACUUCCGUGGGCGACAAGAUCUUCCUCCAAAGAAUUGGCCACAAACGUCACUUCAUCGAGAUCAAUUCUUUGUUGGAGAAGAUGGCCAUUGACAAGAAGAAUGAUGGUUCCAAGAUCAGAACCGUCAUUUUGGAGGCUAUUGGUAAAUGCUACCAAUGGAAGGCUCAUGAAGUUUCCAAGGAAGACUUGAGAUUUGUAUUGACUGACGAAGUGCUUGUGCAUCCUUUCGACCCAGCUUCCACUCCAGAGACCAACGUUGUGACUCCUCCAGGCUCUAAGUCUAUUUCUAACAGAGCCUUGGUUUUGGCUGCUCUUGGUAAGGGUACUGUUAGAGUCAAGAACUUGCUUCACUCCGACGACACCAAACACAUGCUUGCUGCAGUGAGUGCCUUAAAAGGUGCUGAAAUCUCCACCGAGGAUAACGGAGACACCAUCGUAGUCAAGGGUAACGGAGGUAACUUCAUCACCUGCGACCAAGAAAUCUACUUGGGUAACGCAGGUACUGCGUCCAGAUUCUUGACUACGGUUGCGUCUUUGGUUGGUGUGAAUAAGGAGUCCAACGACUACACUAUCUUGACCGGAAAUGCAAGAAUGCAAGAGAGACCUAUUGGACCAUUGGUUGAUGCAUUGAGAGCCAAUGGUUCUGAAAUCGAGUACUUAAAAAAUGAGGGCUCUUUGCCUUUAAAACUCCAAGCUGGAAAAGGCUUGAGAGGCGGAAGACUUGAAUUGGCUGCCACCAUUUCCUCUCAGUACGUGUCUUCCAUCUUGAUGUGCGCUCCAUAUGCCGACGAAGAGGUCACUUUGGCCUUGGUGGGCGGAAAGCCUAUCUCUCAGUUGUACAUCGACAUGACCAUUGCCAUGAUGAAGAAUUUCGGUAUUACUGUCACUAGAUCUGCUACUGAGGACCACACCUACCACAUUCCUAAGGGUGUUUAUGUGAACCCAGAUGUGUAUGAGGUCGAAUCUGACGCUUCGUCUGCCACUUACCCAUUAGCAUUUGCUGCUAUGACUGGAACUUCUUGUACUGUUCCCAACAUCGGUUCUUCUUCUUUGCAGGGUGAUGCUAGAUUUGCUGUGGAUGUGUUGAAACCAAUGGGUUGUACCGUUGUGCAGACGGCCACCUCCACCACAGUCACUGGACCUGCAAGAGGUCAGUUGAAGUCUUUGCCUCAUGUUGAUAUGGAACCAAUGACUGAUGCCUUCUUGACCGCUUCUGUUGUUGCUGCUAUUGCUAACGACAGCACUCCUACCCAGAUUACUGGUAUCGCUAACCAAAGAGUUAAGGAGUGUAACAGAAUUAAGGCCAUGGUAGACGAGUUGGCCAAGUUCAACGUUAAGGCAGCGGAGUUGCCUGAUGGAAUUGAGAUCUUCGGUAUUGAUUACAAGGAUUUGACUAUCCCAAGUACUGAAAAAAGAGGAAUCUGUACUUAUGACGAUCAUAGGGUCGCUAUGUCGUUCUCUUUAUUAGCAGGAAUGUGCUCCGAGCCUGUCUUGAUCACUGAAAGAUCUUGUACUGGAAAGACCUGGCCUGGUUGGUGGGAUGUUUUGCACACCAAGUUUGGUGUCAGACUUGACGGAUACGAGGAGUCUAAGAACUUGGACGACCCAACUUUGUUAAUCAACAAGGCUGUGAACGGCGAUAGAUCGAUCAUUGUGAUUGGUAUGAGAGCCGCAGGUAAGUCUACCUUGAGUAAAUGGAUUGCCAACUUCAUGGGCUUCGAGCUAGUGGAUUUGGACACAGUAUUCGAGGAGAGAUAUGGUGACAUCAGACCUUUCAUCAAGGAGCACGGUUGGAGCAAAUUCCGUGAAAAUGAAGCUGCUUUGAUGAAAGAAUACUUUGCAAAGUGCUCUAAUGGUUAUGUCAUCUCUACUGGUGGUGGAAUUGUCGAAGGUGAAGAGUCUAGAGACAUCUUGAAGGCUUAUUCUAAGUCUGGAGGAAUUGUUCUCCACUUGCACCGUGACUUGGAUGAAACCAUUGUGUUCUUGAGUUCCGACACCACUCGUCCAGCUUAUGUCAGCGAAAUCAAGGAUGUUUGGUUGAGAAGAGAAAAGUGGUAUCACGAAUGUUCCAACUACCACUUCUACUCCUCGCAUUGUUCGAACGAAUCCGAGUUCAAGAAGUUGAGACACUCGUUCGUAAGCUACUUGAAAACCAUCACUGGUCUUGAGCUCACUCCAAUUUCUAAACACAGAAACUUCGUAGCCAGCUUGACUUGUUCGGACUUGAACGAGUACACUGAAGACCUAGAGGAUAUUGCCGCUGGGUGUGAGGCAAUUGAGUUUAGAGUGGAUCUCUUGAAGGACUAUUCUCCAUCUUACGUUGCAGACCAAACUGCCACCUUAAGAAAGUUCAUCAACUUGCCUAUUGUGUACACUAUUCGUACAAAGAGCCAGGGAGGACAAUUCCCAGAUGAGGAAGUUGACUCUCUCGAGGAGUUGAGUUACUUGGGUAUCAAGCUCGGUGUUGAGUUUUUGGAUGUUCAGUUGAGUAACUCUGAAAAGCUUGUGAAGAAGAUUAUUGAGAGAAAGGCAUUCACCAGAAUCAUCGCAACAUACAUAGAUGUUUCUGGAAACUUGAAGUGGGAUAAUGCUGAGUGGGACAACAAGUACAACCAGGCUAUCAGUUUGAACGCAGACAUUAUUCAGUUGGUUGGAAAGGCUCUGACUUUCGAAGACAACAUUGCUCUUGAGUACUUCCGUGCCAACCACAAGGGUACACCAUUGAUCUCAUUCAAUGAAGGAGAGAAGGGUAAGUUGUCAAGAGUUUUGAAUGGUCUUAUGACUCCUGUGACUAGCGAUUUGUUGCCCAAGAUAACAAAAAAUGGAGAGCUUACAGUUGCUGAAAUCAAUAAGUCUUACAGCGAGAUUGGUGGAUUGACUUAUAAGAAGUUUACCGUCGUUGGAUCUCCAAUCGCUCAUUCGAGAUCUCCCCAAUUGCACAACUCCGCCUACAAGGCUUUGAAUUUGCCAUACGAGUUUGAUAGAUUCGAGGCUGAUGAUGCUAGCAAGGUAUACGAAGAAGUUAUGACUAAGCCUGGUUUCGGUGGUUUGGCUGUGACCAUGCCAUUGAAGUUGGACAUCAUGAAGUACUUGAGUGAAUUGUCCGAGGCUGCUUCUAUUAUUGGAGCUGUGAAUACUGUGAUUCCUAUUGAGGGCCAGCCAGGUAAGUACUUUGGAGACAACACUGACUGGUACGGUAUCUCGAACUCUUUUAUCAGACACGGUGUGCCAUCGAUUGGAAACUCUGAGAUCACAGGUUUAGUUGUCGGUGGAGGAGGAACUUCUAGAGCUGCUGCUUUCGCUUUGCACCACAUGGGAUGUAAGAAGAUCUACAUGGUAAACAGAACUAGCUCAAAGUUGCACGAGAUCAAAAAGCUACUUCCAGCUGAGUUUAACAUUGAAGUUUUGGAGACUGUUGAGCAAGUUGAGGCCGCAGACCCUGUGUCAUUGAUCGUGUCUUGUGUUCCAGCAGACAGGCCACUUGACGACCAGCUUUUGAACAAGUUGGAGAGAGUUUUGCACAAGGGUAUCCAGCAAAAGAAGGGAGGUUUCAAUCCUACCUUGCUUGAUGCGGCCUACAAGCCUAGAGUGACGCCCAUCAUGAGAAUUGCUGAAGAGAAGUUCCAGUGGACCAUUGUCCCAGGAGUUGAGAUGCUUGUGAACCAGGGAGUGUUGCAGUUCCGUACCCACACGAAGUUUACGCCACCAUACAAGGUCUCAUAUGACGCAGUUGUGCAUGACCGUACAUAG